AUGGCCGACCCGGGAAUGUUCUCGGUGCGCCGUCAGACUUUAGGACCAGUAAACAACAACUCGUCUGCGAUUCCAAUGCCAGCCUCAGCCAUGAAGCGCUCAAGCUCUAUCAACAACAUGAACCAGCCUCAAUUCCCUCCCAACCACGCGCGAUCGAAAAGCGGGAGUAGAAUGUCCCUCGCGCCUGGCCGUCCGAGCCAGCCCCUCUUUCCACGCUCAUCCUCCGGUACAGACCUCGCCCAGGGCUUCCAGUCGGUACAUCGCAACUCCACAAGCAAUUUCGGCGCGAGCAGUGCGCGCAAGAGUUUUGCGCCCGGCGCCUCUAUCUUCCAAACGCCUGCGCCGCCUUCAGGACCCAACUUCGAACAGAGCGCACAGCGGAGGAGCAGCGUGUUCAAGUCGCGGACUUCUCAUGUGUCUGGACAGUCCGGCGUAAAGCAGUCUUUCUUCCAAACGGCGCCCAUGCCCUCCGUCCCUCCAACGGACCCCCGACGACUCAAAGACGCAAGCACCCGCCAGCACAUGGCGCAGGAGCUGCUCGAAUACCUGACACAGAACAACUUUGAGAUGGAGUCCAAGCAUGUCCUCUCAGCAAAAGCCAUGACUUCGCCCACGCAGAAGGACUUCAACUGCAUGUUCCAAUGGCUCUACAACCGAAUCGACCCCAGCUACCGCUUUCAGAAAUCCAUUGACCAGGAGGUGCCAGUACUAUUGAAGCAGAUGCGCUACCCUUUUGAAAAGUCCAUCAUGAAAUCUCAGAUCGCCGCUGUUGGUGGAAACAACUGGUACACCUUCUUAGGUCUGUUGCACUGGAUGAUGCAGUUGGCGCGUUUGAUGCAAGCAUACGAGGCCGGUACCUACGACGAUGCGUGCUUUGAGGCCGGUUUCGAUGUCUCUGGAGACCGCAUCAUCUUCGACUUUCUGUCGGACGCUUACAGCACUUGGCUAUCAGCAGAAGAUGACGACGACGACGAAGAAGCACAACAGAAGCAUAUGGAGCCUCACAUCAGGACCAUGGCUGCCAAGUUCGAUGCCGCAAACGCACAGCAUCACGAGCAAGUCAGCCUUUUAGAGGCCGAGCACAAGUACCUCCAAGACCAGAUCGAAGAGCUAGGAAAGUCCGGCCCUAGGAUCCAGAAGCUCGAGGAGCAGAUUCGCAUCCUAGAAGAAGACCGCGUCAAGUUUGAAAACUACAACAACUCUAUGGAAGGAAAGGUCAAGAAGUACACUGAUCGCUGCUCGUUCCUGGAAAAGUCGAUUGACGAGAUUGAAGCAGAACUUGAAGCAUCAGAGAAGGAACAGCAAGAGCUACAAGCUAUCAUUGACGGUCGAGGCAUGACCAUUGCGGAUAUUGACCGCAUGGCAAAUGAAAGAGACCGCCUUGAUACUUCUCUCCAGGCAACAACAGUGCGACUGGAAGAGUCAAAGAAACGGGUUGCAGAAAAGGAAAUCGCUGCGUCUCGCAAACUGGAUGAACUCGAACAAACCAUUGAACGAUACAACAAUCUAGGAUAUCAGAUUGGUGUGAUUCCCUCUACAGCGGUCAACGCCAAGGGUCAAGACUACGAGCUUGUCCUCACCAUCACGGAUGGCCCCAACUUCUCAGGAUCGCAAAUGGGUGGCUCGUCGCAAGAUGCAUCAGACCGCCUUCUCCACGAUGCAGGCACAGGGUACUCACCCGCGCAUCUUCUCAACCUGGACCUCCGCGGCACAGUGAAGGCCAACAUAAUCGCACUCCGCAAAGAGAUUGCUGAACGACGCAAUCAAGCUUUGGAAGCCGACAUGAACAACCACGACCUCUUAGACAAAAUCAAAGAAGCCAUGGACGACAAACAAGCAGAAGUCGAAGCCCUAGGCCAUCGCGUAGCACAAGCAGAAGAAGAGCUAGAGAAGUUACGCGAGAUUACGAAUACGCAAAAGAGUCAAUCUGACGCACAGAUCGAGCGCAUGGAAAAAGAACUGGGUCGUAUGCGCAGCGGACUAGGAGAAAGCGUGCAGCUGAUGGUGCAAAGAGAAAUGGCUGUCAAUAUCGAGUACGAACAACUUCAGCUCCGCGCUAAUGCUCUCCGUGAAGAACUCCAUACGGAAAUUGAGCGCAUGCUUGACGACAUUGUGCGCUUCAAACUUCACGUACAAAAGAGUUUGGAAGAGUACGAGCAGUUCAUUGCCGAUGAGGUGGAGCGUAGCUGUGAGGAGCAGGAUAUGCUUGCCGAGGAUGAGGACGAAGAGAUGGCUGAGGAGGCGUAA